AUGGCAUUGGCUUGCAAUAACCUCCAAAGCGGCUGUUCAGCUAGUAUGAGAUGGAAAUAUGAUGUGUUUGUGAGCUUUAGAGGUGAAGACACCCGCAACAAUUUCACCGAUCACCUCUUUGGCGCUCUUCAUAAUAAAGGCAUUGUUUCCUUCAGAGAUGAUACAAAGCUCAAGAAAGGGGAACAUAUAUCAUCUGAACUUCUACAAGCUAUUCAAGGAUCCCGUAUUUUGAUUGUAAUCUUCUCAACAAACUAUGCUUCUUCCACGUGGUGCUUGCAAGAACUCGCAAAAAUUGCUCACUGCAUUCAAGUUCCAGGACAAUCUGUUCUACCUAUUUUCUAUGAUGUCAGUCCUUCUGAGGUACGAAAACAAACCGGAGAUUACGAAAAAGCCUUUCAAGAGCAUGAAGAAAAGUUCAAAGCAACUAAAGUGCAAAGAUGGAGGGGAGCCCUAAAACAAGUAGCCGAUCUCUCUGGUUGCGAUGUAAGGGAUAAGCCACAAUAUGCUGAGAUUGGAAAAAUUAUUAAAGAGGUAACAUGCUUAUUGGGAAACAAACCUUCAAUUUUACCUGCCGAUAUAGUUGGGAUGAACUCGCCAGUGGAAGAACUAGAAAACCUUCUGGUUUUGGACUCAGAUGAUGUUCGAGUUGUAGGGAUUUGUGGAAUGGGUGGAAUAGGGAAGACAACUCUUGCUACUGCCUUGUAUGCUAGAAUCUCCAAUCAAUUUGAUGCUUGCUGCUUUAUUCAUGAUGUAAGUAAAAUUUAUGGAGACCAUGGGCCAAUUGGAAUACAAAAGCAACUUCUUUGUCAAACUCUAAAUGAAGAAAAUCUUCAGAUAUCCAAUCUUUAUAUGGCAUCUAAUUUGAUUCGAACUAGGCUAUGUCAAAUAAAAUCCCUUGUUGUUCUUGAUAAUGUUGAUGAAGGUGAACAACUGGAUAAAUUGUUGAUGAAAACAGAAUGGCUAGGCACAGGGAGUAGAAUAAUCAUUAUUUCUAGAGAUGGGCAUAUCUUGAGAGAGCAUGGAGUAGAUGAAGUAUACAGAGUUCGACUCUUGGAUCGUAAAGAUGCCCUGCAAUUGUUUUGUAGGAAAGCUUUCAAAAGUGAUGAUAUCAUGAGCGGUUACAUAUACUUGACAUAUGAUGUGCUAAACUAUGUUGGUGGCCUUCCACUAGCAAUUAAAGUGUUGGGCUCAUUUCUAUAUGGCCGAGAUGUCUCUGAGUGGAGAAGUGCAUUGUCAAGAUUAAGAGAUAAUCCAAGGAUAGAUAUUAUGAAUGUACUCCGAAUGAGUUUUGAUGGAUUAGAGGAUACAGAAAAGGAUAUAUUUCUAGAUAUUGCUUGUUUCUUUAAUAGAUACAGCGAGACACGCCUGAAGAAAAUUUUAGAUUUCCGUGGAUUUCAUCCUGAAAUUGGUUUAAGAGUUCUCAUUGAUAAAUCGUUCAUAACCCGUGAGAAGCAGAUAAUUUGUAUGCAUGAUUUGUUAAGAGAACUGGGAAAGAGUAUCAUUAGAGAAAUAUCACCCAAAGAACCAAGAAAGUGGAACAGGUUGUGGGACUACAAGGAUGUCCACAAUGUUAUCUCAGAAAACAUGGCAACAGAAAACCUUGAAGCCAUAGUUAUGCAGUAUGAUUCAGAAAAUUGUAAAGAAAUACAAAAGAUAACAUUGAGAGCCGAAGCUUUAGCAAAAAUGAGUCGCCUUAAAUUGCUCAAGCUGAUGAUGUUCAAUUUCUCAGGAAAUGUCAAUUUUCUUUCAAGUGAAUUGGGGUAUCUGUAUUGGGAUAGAUAUCAUGUCUCUAGUUUACCAUCAAGUUUUCAGCCCUAUAAACUUGUUGAAUUGGUCCUACGACACAGCAACAUUAAGAAACUAUGGGAGGGCACAAAGAAUCUACCUAACUUGACACUUAUUGAUCUCUCUCACUCAAAAAAUCUUAUUAUGAUGCCAAAUUUUGAGGACAUUCCAAAUCUUGAGAGGCUCGAUCUUGAAGGAUGUAUAAAACUCGUGAAGAUUGAUCCAUCUAUUGGUACCUUAAGAAGGCUUUCCAGAUUAAAUUUGAAAAAUUGUAUAAAUCUGAUCAGUAUUCCUAACAACAUUUUUGGUCUGAAUUCUCUUGAAGAUCUAAGUCUCUCAGGUUGUCCAAAUUUAUUUAAUAAUAAGUUGUUAGAAUUACAAAGACAAAUAGGAAAACCGGAGAUGCUUGAUAACAAGGGAAGUAUUACUCAAUACCAAACAAAAUCCUUCAUCUACAAAUUUCUAGAGCCGCACUUUCGAUUUUUGUUUUUCCGAAAACCUCAAGAUUCAGUUGGUUUACUGUUGCCUUCAUUGUCUUGUUUGUCACGUUUGCAAUAUCUUGACCUGAGUUUCUGCAAUCUUCUUCAAACCCCUUAUGCAAUUGGGUUGUUACAUUGCUUAGAAACCCUAUAUUUGGGGGGUAACAAUUUUGUGACACUGCCUUCUAGCAUCAAGGAACUUUCCAAACUUAGAAAAUUAAACUUGGAGCACUGUAAGCAGCUGAAAUAUUUGCCUGAGCUCCCAUCAAAGAAUGUCUUGUCAGUAAGAAGAACAGCAUUUUCUUACCAUGAUGCUGAAUUUAAUAUUUUUGACUGCCCGAGUUUAAUUGAUAUUGAAUGCUGUUAUGGAAUGGCUUUUUCUUGGAUGAUACGACUCCUUCAGGUGCACAUGCAAUCCGAGAUCCCAAUGGAAGAGAUUAAAAUUGUUAUUCCCCAAACUGAAAUUCCAAAGUGGUUCAACAAACAAAAUGUAGGUAGUUCAAUGAGCAUCGAUCCAUCACCCUUUAUGCAUGACAAGAAUUGGAUAGGCGUUGCUUGCUGCUUAACAUUUGUAGCACAUGAUGAUCCAACUAAGUUAGGUAGACAAGAACCUUAUGUGUUAGGCUUUGGUUUUCAUAGUAAACAGCAUGGCCGUGGGAUCUAUUCAGAUAUCCCCAUACGUCUUGGAAAAGAUCUGGUCACAGUUGAAUUAGACCACUUGUUUCUAACCUUUUUCAGUAGGGAGAGAGUUAUUCGUAGCAUGUGCUCUAUAACAGAGGGAUUGCAUGAUGAUUUUAGUGGUAUUGAAUUAACAGCUUUAGUUUUGCACCCCCUUGGUUUGCUCUUGGAAGUAAAAAAUUGUGGUUAUCGUUGGAUAUUUAAGGAGGAUUUGGAACAAUUAAACCAACAAAGGAGGUACACCGGAAGUGGAAAUUCCUCACUUCAGCCAUAUUAUUGA